AUGUUUGCAAAGCUGCCCACGGAAAUCCUUCUGCUCAUUCUCGACCUCGUCGGCACCAAAAAUGACUGGCUCAGUCUUGCCCGGUCCUGUCGAUCCCUGUAUGAAUGGAUGAUUCCCAUGCUGUAUACCUCUAUCGAUACUCCCUGCUUGUGUGUAGGGUCCCAUAGAGCCUUGGUGCAUACUUUACUACUUUAUCCUGAGCUGGCCCAGUCUGUUCGUCAUUUGAAACUGGGCAAGCUGCCAUACGAUACAGACAGGAAGGUAUUUGAGCUCCACCGACAUGAGCAUUAUGAAUCGCCCGAAUCUAUUCGCAGGCUCCAUAAUGCUGUCCAGAAUCUCAGUCACAGAGGCUGGGAAGAGACGCAAUGGAUAGAAGACCUCGACAGCGGCGAGCAUCGCGAUCCCUGGCUUGCCGUCCUGCUCUACCUCGUCCCGAAUAUCGAGACGCUAGAGCUCUUCUGGGGCGGCACGGGGACACGAUAUUCAGAGUGGGUGCUCACGCGAGCGUCAAAGCAGUCACGGCCAUUCGAUUCACAACGCGCAUUUCAAAGCCUGCACACAGCAGUCAUCAAAGUACUCGACGACGAGGGCCUGGGAUUCAAACUACCCCGAGUAGCUCCAUUUUUCAGAUUCCCGUCAAUGCACACCUUCAAAGGGCAGCUCAUGACUGACUUCUAUCUCGAACACAACAUACUCCCGCCCAACUCAUCCCCAAUAACCCAUCUCGAGCUGGCCCAGAGCAGCGGCGAAACAGGGUUCAUCGAUCUAAUCGCCCCGUGCACGAAUCUCCGAACCUUCAAAUUCACCCAGCAAGAAGACGACGUCUCCAUGUACGACUACACCAAGCAUUAUUUCCGCACUCUCGCGCCCACGGAGCUGAGAAAGGCGCUGGCGCUCAAGAAAGACACGCUGGAGUCGAUGGAAGUGUCUUUUUAUCGUCGCACGAGUUAUUUCGGAGGCACGUACUCCGAGGACUGGAUCGGAUCGAUGGCCGAUUUCCGCAUGCUUCGAAACGUACAUAUCCGAGCACCGAAUUUCCUGGGGAUUGGCCAUAGCGGUGAUAAACACAACCCUGUUCCGCGGGUGCCAUUGAUCGAGUUUUUGCCAGGCUCGCUGGAAACACUGUGGGUGUCAGAUAUAGAGCCCUGGGCGGAGAGUAUCAUGAUGAGGGAGCUUCUUGAGCUGGUGCAUGCGGUAGGGGAGAUGUUCCCGCAUCUGAGAGCGAUCGAUGUCGAGGCGGAGAAAUGGCAGCGUCUUGAUAUGUCGGAGACGGAUAUGGAUGCUUGUGUCGAGUCGUAUCCGGAUUAUCUGCAUUUGUUGAGACCCGAGGUUAUUCAGUUGACGGAGGAACUGCGGACGGUCUGCCAUGAGCGUGGUAUUGAGUUCCAUGUUCGUGUCACUGCUGUCGAGGCUCGCUUUGAUGAUUAUGACGAUACGAUGCUGUUUGGGCGGUAUAGUGACACGGAAAGCGAGGAUGAAGAUAAUGGGGAAGAUGACAACGAGGCUGGUGAGGCGUGA